GUUUCCCUCUACUGUCCAGCAAGAAACCUGGGCUGCACUCGAAGGACAGCUCAGCCAGCUGUCAAAGUGGUCCUGGAGAUGAUCAUUCCCAAACACAGGCUGAGGAAGGGCGGGCGUGCCUUGGCUUCUUACAAGAAACCACUAGAAGUUACAAGAGGACAUUUCAAACCCUACAGCCCAGUAUUUCAAAGAAAAGAAAAAGCCAGAGAGAUGUCUGAAGACAUCCGCCUCUAUGUGCCCCACUGUCCUUUUCAGAGCAGCACUAGAGGUACUCCACGGAACCCUCCUGGCAAUGGGACGCUGGCUGCUGAUUUUUCUGAGCCUGAAGAUAUAGCUGGUGACAUCGGGGCAUACGCAGCCCAGGGCUGGAAGGAAAAAACCCCGAAAUAUAUCUCUGAACCAGAUUUUAACAGGAAGACCAAAGUGCUGUCAUCUCUGGAUUUGAAAGAGAAAGAUGGCAAAAAUACAAGGCACCCAGAAGAAAAGCUUGAGCAAGAAUUAGAGGCAAAAAGGAGGCUGGUACUUUGUACUCAACAGCGACCCUUGUCGUAUGAUUCAAAGAGGAUGGACUUAGGUGGAACCAGUCCAGAGUAUCAAAACAAAGGAGCACUGGGGACUUCAGAGGAGAAGGAUGCUGACUGGAGAAAAGAUGCGUUCAAACUAUCUGGUUGUUCUGUGCCUCUCUCAUUUGCAGACAGUGCUCCACCAGCUUUGCCAAUUGACGCAAAAGAUGCUCUGAGGAGUGCAGAUGCAGUUGCCAGGGAGCAUGCAGCUGGCCAGCCAAAAUCACCACUGAGGCUCAUAGCCAAUGCGAUCAAAAGGUCCAUUUUGGAGCCUCUAACCUCGUCUCCGGAAGGACUAAAGCAGGAUUCAGACAGCAAAGUCAAAGCCUCUUCAGAACAAGCUUUCUUCAGCUUCCCCAGUACUCCUAGCUAUUCCCUAAGCCAAAGGAACAGUAACAAUAAUAGAGCAAAUAACACUCAGCCGCAGGAGCUUAAAGUAGGGGAGUGGGCAGAAGGAUAUUUAGGAAACGGGAGCCCUCUCUCAAAUCCAUCUGAUUUUUCUGUCGUCUCUGAAGAGAGAUCUCCAAGGGAUUACAGCGAGGAGGUAACCUUCCCAGUCUACAGUCCUCACACUAGGCCUUCCAAGAUGACCAGUAUACCUCAAAAAUCAUAUUGCACCAGGAUGGAGGAUGUCCCAGGACUCCUGGAAAAGUUUACCUUUAAAGAGACUCCUCCAGGGGCUCCUGUGAAUGACAUAUUUAUCUGUAAUGAAAAGUACCUCCUGCUUUCAUCUCCAGAGCCCAAGAACACCUCCAAGGACAAGCUGGAUGACUCUGCACAGAAGGGUAGUCUUGGGUUGCUCUUUGAUAGACUGAGAAGUAAAGUUCAUGACAGAGAAGGGAAUUCCUUCAUGUCAUCUCUGCGUUUCAUGAGGGACUGUUCUCCAGAAGACAGGCUAUGUUAUCCUUCCACAGGAUGUGAACACCUACCUGUCAGAAAACAAGCUACUGAGUAUUCUACUUCUUCCUCUGAUGAUGAAUUUGAAUCCAAGCCUUCAUUAACACACAAGGUAAAAAGGACUCUCAGAAGGAGAAGGAAGCUGGAGAAGGAGACAAAGCAAUUGAUUAAACAAGAGGAGCUGAAGAGGCUUCACAAAGCACAGGCAGUCCAGCGCCAACUAGAAGAAUUGGAGGAAAGACAAAGAGCUCUGGAGAUUUUUGGUGUCAAACUGGAGAGAGAACUGAGAGGAGAAUCAGAUUCAGGCACAAAGGAUGAAACUCAGAUGCUACAUGAAUGGUUUGAGCUGGUCCUGGAGAAGAAUAAAUUAAUGCGUUAUGAGUCUGAGCUCCUGAUUAUAGCCCAAGAACUAGAAUUGGAGGACCAUCAAAGCAGGUUGGAACAAAAGCUGAGAGAGAAAAUGGCCAUUGAUGACAGCCUUAAAGAUGAGAUGGAUCUGAAUGAGGAGGAUGAAAUUUUUACUGAGAUGAUGAAAGUGGUUGAAGAAAGGGACAAACUUGUGUCUACCUUAGAGGAGCAGAGAGUGAAAGAAAAAGCAGAAGACCAGCACUUUGAAAGCGUUAUAUUAUCUAGAGGCUAUCAGCUGAGCAGGAUUUAA